AUGGUUCGCUUGGGUCUUCCAGGCUUCUUCCUCCCUCCGAUUCUCCUCGGCUUGCUGUCAAGGUUAUAUGAAAUGGCUUGCAUCCCUCAUCAACGGCAGGUACUACUCCGAUUGAGCUCCCUUAAAAAUGUCCUCUCCAGCUGUCCUGAUCGUCGGUGCUGGUCCAUCUGGGCUCGUGCUCGCUCUGACACUGCUCAAGAACGGCGUCCCAGUGCGCAUUAUCGAGAAAGAUGCCAAGCACCACCGUAGCGAACGCGGCCCAGGUGUCAUGCCUCGCACGCUGGAGAUCGAACACUUCCUCGGCGUCGCAGACGAUGUCAAGAAGGCGGCGGCGCGCAGUCCGGUGCUGCAUAUGCAUGACCCCAAAGACCCGUACAAGGUCGUCAAGAGCAUGAAUGUCAUGGAGCAACUUGACCCUACUCCGACCUUCCCUGAGAUGCGCCCAGUACAGCUCGGACAAUGGAAGCACCAGGCUAUUCUCCGCAAAGCUAUUGAGGCACUGGGAUGCAGUGUCGAGCUGGGUACCGCCCUCGAGUCUCUCCAACAGGACGGCGAAAAGAUAGUCACGCAGCUGAUCAAGUCCAUCGACGGAGAGGUCGUACCAGAGAAAGCCAAUUUUGCCUACGCCAUUGGUGCCGACGGCGGACGCAGUACUGUGCGCAAGUCUCUUGGCGUUGAUUUCAUUGGGGAGACCCGUGAGGGAGGUGUGAUGUUCAUAGUUGACUGUGUUGUCGAGGGCAUCGAAGGGAAUAACGAUUUCUACGUCUGGGGAGACACUGCCACCGCUUUUACGGGCAUCGUCCACACGGGACUAGACCAAGAGUUUCAGUUGUUCCUCUCUGGUCCAAAUUUGGAUUACGCUACUUUGAAAGCUGAGUGCAGCCUCGAGGUUCUCCAGAAGGAAUUCAGUAGGGCGUCCGGCCGUAAUGAUCUCGUCAUAAAGGAGAUUACCAGCUGGCAAGGAGAAUGGAGAGCCAAUAUUCGCAUGGCGGAGAAAUUUCAGAUCGGCAGGGUGUUCAUUAUUGGAGAUGCCGCCCAUACGCACUCUCCGACUGGAGGCCAAGGUAUGAAUUCGAGCAUUCAGGACGCAUUCAACCUCGGCUGGAAACUAGCCCUCGCUGUGAAAGGCCAUGCUUCACCCUCCCUGCUGUCCUCCUACGAGGUCGAGCGCAUGCCCGUCAUCUCUACCAUGCUUGAGAUCACCACGGAGUUAUACGACCGCACGUUCAACGCCGAUACGCAACGCAAGCUCGCAGCCGCACGUGCCGCCGAACAGGUCGGCACGGGUGUCCACGAACAGAUCUGGUUCCGCGGCAGGAAGCUGUUCCAGCUUGACGUCAACUACCGCUGGAGCACCGUCGUGCUCGACGAGCGUUUUGCCGGUGGCGAGAGCACGCGUGUCGCGUAUGGCGAGCCGGAGCAGGACGUCCGGGCUGGUGACCGUGCCCCUGACGCGCCUGUGUGCGUCGGCGGGAAGGGCACGCGGCUGUUCGACAUAUUUGGCCCUGACCAUCACAGUGUGCUGCUGUUUGGUGGUGCUGGAGAGACGGAGGCGGGGAUGCUCGACGUUGUCCACGCUGUGCCUUCUGACCUCGUCAAGGUCCUGCUUGUGCUGGCUCCCGGGGAAAUGCCUGCACCUACGGCUUACAGCGGUGUUGACACCGUCAUUGAGGAUAAGAAUGGCUAUACCAGGAAAGGGUACGGUCGGGAUGAGCAGACAAGCCCUGUUGCCGUUGUAGUCCGCCCGGACGGCAUGGUUGGUGCCUUUACCACUUCCGCAGAGGGCUUAGAGAAUUACUUCUCUUUGGUCUUCUCUCGUGCUGGAAAUUCCGUUGGUUAGGUGUUAUAAACGCCUGUAAGUCUGUGUGUGUGUUCGCUAGUUU